CUUCCUGUGGUUUGCCAUUUUCGGCUUUUUGACAGAGCUCCGGGUUUCUUUUCCUUUACUUAUUAGUUAGUUUAUUUUUUAAAGACGUUAAUACUUCCUUUAUUAGAGUUUUGUUAUAAAGGUGAACAUUAUUUCUGCCUGUAUAAACGUUUAAAAUCUUCAGUUGUAAGCUGGAGGUGUAGAAAAGAUAGUUGGUGGAAUCGGUGCUAGCGGCUUUGUUUAGUAAAGAGGGUUAGCUUAGCUUAGCCUAGCUUAGCACUUUCAUUACCUUUGGAGUUAGUUUAAAUGAAAGUAAAUGACAAGGUUGUAGAUUUGUGUCUAGGAGAAGGACAGGUUAGUUAAAGAGCUGUGUAAUUAUUGUUUUAGUUUUAUUGAGAGUUUCUGUGCGAUACUCAGGAGUGUGUGUGAGGAAGUGUGUGUGUGUGCGCGCGCGUGCGCUCUCUUAAACACCCCCCCCCCAAAAAAAAAAAGAAAGAAAAGAAAGGAACCCCUUUGAUAAAUCAAGACGGAGCAGCUGAGUGAGCUCAGUAUGAGUUAUAAACCCAUCGCUCCGGCUCCUGCAGGCUCCAAUCACACUCCUCCAGGUUCAUGCGGCUCAUCUCCGUCUCUGCCCUCAGCCUCCACCUUCAGACCGGCGUUCAGCGACUUCGGGCCACCAUCCAUGGGCUUCGUACAGCCAGUGAAAGUGUCUCAGGGCUCCACCUACAGCGAGCUGCUGUCUGUUAUAGAGGAGAUGAGUCGAGAGAUUAGACCCACAUACGCUGGCAGUAAAAGUGCCAUGGAGAGACUGAAGAGAGGAAUCAUCCACGCCCGAGCUCUAGUGAGAGAGUGUCUAGCUGAAACUGAGCGCAGCGCUCGCACAUAACACACGCCUACACCUCUAUCUCAUAUUCACACACAUUUUUACACAUCUCUGUUCUACAUAAUUACUUUUGUAAUUUCAAACUUUUUGCAGUUCUGUAUUUAAAUGCAAAAAAACUCCCCAAUAAAAAUCCAGUUUUGCAAUUAAACAUCAAAAA